AUGACUAUGGUAGUUCUGACUGUACUAUUGUUAACCAUUGUUAAACAUGUGUACGGACAGCAAUAUUUUGGAAGAAAUAGAGGUUACGGAGCCUUUAGUGGAUUCGAAAGGUCUGGAAGGGGUAUACGCACAGGAGGAAGAUUUGGUGGAGGUUCUAGGGGAAGUUUGGCUGGAAGACUUUGUGGAGUUUCAAAAGGAGGAAGUUCCGGAUUUACUGGUGGUUUAACUAUGGGCGGGCCAGGAUUUGGAAUUGGUUCAUCUGGAGAUAGAAAAAGUUCUAGUAUAGAUAUGGGUGGAGGGGGUUGA